GACAACUUUCACAGAAAACAGAAGAAAAGGGGUGUGUGCUUUAAUCCAUUUUAGGGGCUGUAGAAAAGGAUCGGACUUCAUACAUUCAGCUGCGAACAGCAAACGAGCAGUGGGGCAGGUGCAGGCCGGCCCGGUGAAAGGAACUGGGCCCCACGCUAGCCCUGCCACCGACCUGGCACGAGGCUCCGGCCCUGUGCUCUGUGCAUCCGCGGGCCUCGUGGCCACAGGCUCCGCAGUCAGGGGCACAGGUCCUCCUACCCCGUCAACCGCACAGCGGGAGGUACCGCGUUUUCAGGCCGGCGGUAACGGGGCGGUCCCCUCGCGCCCGGCCCGGCCCGGCCUAACCCGGCGUCGCGGGCGCUCGCCCAGUUCGGGGCGCGCGGGCGCGGUCGGCGGGAGGAAGACAAGGAAGUUGCCCAAAAUGAGGAAGCGCCGCGCGCCUGCCGGCUGAGGCGACCCAAGGGCAAGGACACGCGGACGCCCGGACGCCCGAGCACCGCCGGAGCCGCCCGAGCCCGGACGAAGACGAUCCUCCCCGGAACCGCCCUGCCUCACCUGGCGCAGAAGGAGCUUGCUGAUUCUUGCACCCCAGGCUGAAGAUAGAAGGGCCUGGUGACUACAGACGACAGUUUCACAGGGUCACAAGUGAGACCCCUGUGACUGCCCAUGACAAGCCUCUGGCACCAUCUUCUGGCAACAGACUGUACCAAGGGUGCACCCUGAAGGCCCAGCGCAGGUAUGGCCGGCACCGCAGCAGACAACGCCAACCACCUGCCCUUCUUUUAUGGCAACAUCACCCGUGAGGAGGCAGAGGAUUACCUAGUGCAGGGGGGCAUGACUGAUGGGCUCUACCUGCUGCGCCAGAGCCGAAAUUACCUGGGUGGCUUUGCACUGUCGGUGGCACACGGGCGCAAGGCACACCACUACACCAUCGAGCGCGAGCUGAACGGCACCUAUGCCAUCUCGGGUGGCCGCACACACAGCAGCCCCGCUGACCUCUGCCACUACCACUCGCUGGAGUCUGAUGGCCUGGUCUGCCUGCUCACCAAGCCCUGCAACCGGCCGCCCGGCGUGCAACCCAAGACUGGGCCCUUUGAGGACCUGAAGGAAAACCUCAUCAGGGAGUACGUGAAGCAAACGUGGAACCUGCAGGGCCAGGCUUUGGAGCAGGCCAUCAUCAGUCAGAAGCCGCAGCUGGAGAAACUAAUCGCCACCACAGCCCACGAGAAAAUGCCCUGGUUCCAUGGAAAUAUCUCUCGGGGCGAGUCUGAGCAGAUCGUGCUCAUAGGAUCAAAGACGGAUGGCAAGUUCCUGAUCAGGGCCAGAGACAACAAUGGCUCCUACGCUCUCUGCCUGCUGCAUGAAGGGAAGGUGUUGCAUUACCGCAUUGACAAAGACAAGACAGGGAAGCUCUCCAUCCCUGAGGGGAAGAAGUUUGACACACUUUGGCAGCUAGUGGAGCAUUACUCUUACAAGCCAGAUGGUUUGUUAAGAGUUCUUACAGUUCCAUGUCAAAAAAUUGGCGCACAGGCAGCCCACCCACAAAGUUCCAGUCUUGCGACUUGGUCAGCAGGUGGAAUAAUCUCCAGACUCAAAUCAUACUCCUUCCCAAAGCCUGGCCACAGAAAGACUCCUCCACCCCCAGGGAGCCGGCCAGAGUCUACGGUGUCUUUCAAUCCUUAUGAGCCAGAACGAGGAGGGUCCUGGGCUCCGGAGAAAGGCCCCCAGAGAGAGCCCCUGCCCAUGGACACCGAAGUGUAUGAGAGCCCCUACGCAGACCCAGAAGAGAUCAGGCCCAAAGAGGUCUACCUGGACCGAAGCCUGCUGACCCUGGAGGAAAAUGAAUUGGGCUCUGGGAACUUUGGGACCGUGAAGAAGGGCUACUACCAGAUGAAGAAAGGCUUGAAAACAGUAGCUGUAAAAAUAUUGAAGAACGAGGCCAAUGACCCAGCUCUGAAGGAGGAAUUAUUAGCAGAAGCGAACGUCAUGCAGCAGCUAGACAACCCCUACAUAGUGCGCAUGAUCGGGAUCUGUGAAGCUGAGUCCUGGAUGUUGGUUAUGGAGAUGGCUGAGCUUGGUUCACUCAACAAGUAUUUACAGCAGAACAGGCAUGUCAAAGAUAAGAACAUCAUAGAGUUGGUUCACCAGGUUUCCAUGGGAAUGAAAUAUCUGGAGGAGUGUAAUUUUGUGCACAGAGAUCUGGCUGCAAGAAACGUAUUGUUGGUCACACAACAUUAUGCCAAGAUCAGCGAUUUCGGGCUUUCCAAAGCGCUUGGUGCUGAUGAAAACUACUACAAGGCCCAGACUCACGGGAAGUGGCCCGUGAAGUGGUACGCCCCGGAGUGCAUCAACUACUACCGCUUCUCCAGCAAGAGCGAUGUCUGGAGCUUCGGCGUGCUGAUGUGGGAAGCAUUCUCCUACGGCCAGAAGCCCUAUCGAGGGAUGAAAGGAAGUGAAGUUACUGCCAUGCUGGAGAAGGGGGAGCGGAUGGGCUGCCCUUCCGGGUGUCCACGAGAGAUGUACGAGCUGAUGAACCUGUGCUGGACAUAUGAGGUAGAGAAACGGCCUAACUUUGUAGCAGUGGAACUGCGCCUGCGCAAUUACUACUAUGACGUGGUCAACUAAAUGCUCCAGUCCGGUCUGCAGUUGCGUUGGACCAGAUGAGCGACCUCAGGAAAACACAUUUGGGUGCACAGAAUUUCAGGGUUUUCUUCUCCUUCUGUCGGGGGAGAGAACCAGCCCUGCUGAGCCUUGCUCCCCAAGGACUCAUCCUCCACGAAGCAAGCCCAGCCCCGGGAGCAAAUGGGCAACAGGACUUAGGGGCCUGCUGGAUUCCUUUGUUUUUAUUGUCUGUAUGGUGUUCGUGACAGAUUAUUCUUAGGAUCAGUUUCCAGUUCCUUUCUGCCUGUCUCACCCUCUGGGUCCAAGUCCCCAGGGGCCUGGAAGCAGGAUUGGGUGGCACGGCGCAUGCUCCACUGGUGCAGUCUUUCAGCUUCCACCGAGGAAGGGAAGGAAGGUGGGGAGGAAGAGGCUGCGGCCAGAACAGGGCUCUGAAGGCUGUGAGAGGGAUCCCGGCCAUGGAGAAGCUGCCGGAUGGGAAAAGCGUCUCAAGGCUUAGAAAGAAAGAAAGAAACAUCAAGUUUGACAGGUGCAAUUUCUAAGCAAGCAGCCAAUUCGUGAAAUAAUAGUAGGGAGCCUGGAUACUGCGUUUGCUCUGUAUCAUGAGACAGAGGAAACAUCCCAGGGAGAACUGAGCCCUGCUUGCGUGUGGCCUAGCUUGGCUCCAUCCCCAGAAUGCCCCUCCUGCGGGCCCCCUUAAAGGGGGCUUGUGUGCUGCUACAGGAACUAGUGACUGAGUUUCUCCACCCACUGAGUAGGAGGCCAGCCGCCCCUCCUGUGUGGCCAGAAUUCUCACUUUCCCAGGAAUCUCUAAUGUGUGCCCUGUUCGUCCAUCUUCUGUCACUAUAACUGAACACCUAGCACUGGGUAAUUUAUAAAGAAAAGAACGUUAUCUCUCAUGAUUCUGAAUGUUGGGAAGUUCCUAUCAAGAUGUGGCGCCUGGGGCAGUCCUUCUUCCUGCAUCAAAACAUGGUGAGGACAUCACCUGGGGAGACACAGGGAGUGUGCCAGCUCUGACCUCUUCCUCUGCUUUCAGAGCCAUCUAGAGGGGGUUCCAACAGGACACAACUAGACUCUGACCCUAACCUCAAGACGUAGACCUUGCCAAGUGUGACUUGUGGUUAAAGAUGCAAGACCUGAAAAUUCUCUUCUAGUCUCCUACCAUUAGUUAAUCCUUGACUUAGGGUUUGUUUAUGUAAAACAUCACCCAUCAAUAGGAGUUUUGCUGAGGCUCUUGAAAGUUAAAGAGUGACUUAGCCAUCAUUCUUCAGUCAGCGAACAUAUCAAGCUUGGGCCCAUCCCAUCUUCACACCCGAGGCAUUUUAGCAUGCAUAAGACCAUGGUGUUGGAGAAGGUCCCCCUCCUCCUAACAGUGGGACAAGCAGGUGAAAGGGGGUAGUCAGUACCUUUGCUUAGCCAGAAGAUGUGAGUCACUCAGAACUUGGGUCAAGGAAUAUUAAGAAAUCAUCCAUGCUUUUUGGAAUUGUGCUGACAGUUCAAUCAUUUUGUUACAGAGAGAGUCCCCAUGUGCUGAGCUCAAUGAGCAGAUCCUAGGAAUGCAUUUAGACCCCUGCAGUAACCAAGAUUAGUGGCAAAAUCUCAGCUGUUCAGGCCAUUGAUAUAUCUGGCAUCAUGAAAGGAAGGGUUGCAUGUGCUGACUGGGGAAAGUAGCCCGUAUGUCUGAGGAGGCCCUGGUGCCCAGCUAGCUGGCCUGCCCUCCUUCCCCUCAGAGUGUGCCUGUGUUAAAGACCACUGCCCAUAGGAAUGAGGGCCAGGUAUGGAGUGGUUAGAGCCCUGCGUGUCUUCUUUCCGGUGUGCUUUUCAAGCCUCUUUAGCAACAGGCUUCCUCUGAGGACUCUAGGACAUGGCUGGGGCCUCACCUUCUUCCAGAAAUCUGGCCAGCCACACCGCAGGUCCUUCUGUCCUCUUCCCAAGGAGGGACAGGCUCCUGUGUGCAGAAAUCCUGCUAUCCUUCCCUCAGGACUCACUCUCCUGUGCCCUGGAGUCAGAGAGCAGGGUGAGAGGGACAGGCAGCCUCUCCAGAGAAGGUUUACACUGUGAGAAGGGCUGAGUUCGGAAGGCUGGGGAAAGGCCUCCAAGGUCCUCCUAGAGUGUCAGUGCUGGGCUGGAUUUCCACCCAGCUAUAGGGUAUUCUCAACUCUCUCUGCCUGGAACUGGUUCAUCUGAGUGCUUCCUUUCUGGUCCUUCUGGAGCAGGGUACAGAGGACCAUCCCAGCUACCCUGCUGUGUGCCAUUGUCCACAAAUGCCACAAAAAUCUCAUUCCCCAGCGGGAUCAAAUGUUUCUGUGGCAAAGCCACAUUCAUUUAUGGUUAAAGUCAUGGCAUAUAUUUGCAUCUGAGCAUGUCUUGGCCCUGCUCCCCAGCAGCCAGCCCUGCUUUGAUCUGCUGGACAGUGACUUCUUGUGGACAUCACCCCACGGCUCCCUGAUCUGUCCUCCUGGACUCCCACUUGCGGAGGUGGCCACCAAGGUGUCAGGCCUCCCAGCCUCCCAGAGAGCUUCUGCCACCUGUUAGCAAUGCAGCAUGUUUUGCAUUUAUUUCAGAGCUAUGUUUUGUCACUAGAGAUUUUCUCACUGAUUUUUAAUAAAAAAAUUUAAAUUAG